AUGUCGAAACAUACACCAAAUACCAAGUUUCCCAAGGACCUCUCAUCCCCCAACAAGGAGCUAGAGGACGUACCAUUCGCAAGAAUAUCGAAGACAAUCAUAAACAAAAUCCCAGAUCACCCUGACACAUUCCUACCAGUCGCGACACUACAACGACCGGUUGAUAAAAGACGUAGUGGAAGACUCGACGAAAAGUAUUCUGAUACGCACCAAGAAAUAACAAACCUAGUCACAGAAUGCCUCCCUACAUCGCCCUCUUUAUCUUCUUCAUCAUCUCACCCGCCUCCAAACUAUAGCCAAUACCAACAAAAUCUGGGAAAGUCAUUUAAAACUUUAUUGCGAAAUAAACAGCCCGAGAUAUUUGAACUCGGUUGGGAGGAAAUAAGGGCCAGAGAAGAGGAAUCUAUCUCGAAUGAUGAACAGUGUCUUUCUUUGCCCGUUCAUCCCACACAACCAUAUCGAUGGAGAUCUCCUAAUAAUUCCGCAUCUGCAGCCCCUCUACACAAUAAUUUGACUUCCAUAAAUUCUCAAAUGUUCAGCCAAACGCGUUCCCAAACACCCGUGCGAUUUUCUUCACAAUUAUUCUCUUCAAACGAUGAAACGGCACAGCAACCAUCCACACAUACAUAUACGCGGGGUAGAAUUAUGCAUGGGUGGAGAACGGAGAUCUGGGAGAGAAUGUUGGAAAAUACGGAAAAAAAUAAACCUAUUCAACAUUUUGGUUGUAAAGACCACAACGAGAGCGAAACGGGAAGUGAUUGGAGUGACUGGAGUGACUGGAGUUGGAUUUAUCUGGACGAAAAAGAUAAAGUGCGCAUACUUGUACAGGAAUUUUCAUUUUCCUUCCAGUCAUCUCCAUCGUCAAAUAUUUAUACGCGGCAGAUGGUGGUGAAAAACCUCACCUUUGAUGACGUUGCAAAGACGUCAUCAGAGGUAGAAAGUAGAGGGGAAGAUAGUAGUAGUGAGUAG